AAAGUCGUUGAUCGAUAGUGGCAGAGCAGGUUCUGUUUUAGCUGAAUCGAUUUUGUGUUAUCCAGCUAGGAGGAUCCAUAUUUAUAUAGCUCCAGGACAACAAUCUCAAUUAAACCGGCACCGGAACAAAGGUCACCUUUUGUAUACUUUGGUGAUAAUGAUCUCUUCGAGACUCGUAAGCCUUGGGGCUCGCACAGGCCCCAGACGUUUUAUGUCCACCGCAAGUAAGCUGACCACAGUGGAGGUGAAUGACAAAACCGGCAUUGCCACGCUUACAAUGUGCCGUCCUCCCGUAAAUGGACAAAAUUUGGAACUGCUAUUGGAUAUUAAAUCCUCCAUCAAAGAAAUUGAGAACAACAGCAGCCGGGGUCUCAUAAUCACAUCCGCUAGUCCGAAGGUAUUCUGUGCUGGCUUAGACAUCCUUGAAAUGUAUAAGCCGGAACAGCAAAGGCUUCGGGCCGUUUGGACUGAACUGCAAAAUGUUUGGUGUGCGCUCUAUGGCAUUAGUAUGCCCACAGCGGCUGCCAUCAAUGGCCACGCCCCAGCCGGUGGAUGUCUUCUGGCCACAGCCUGCGAAUAUCGUGUUAUGGUGCCAGAUUGCAGAAUUGGACUGAACGAAACCCAGCUGGGGAUUAUUGCGCCCAAAUGGCUUGUUUCGGGCUUCUUGAACGUCCUGCCAAAGCGAGUGGCGGAACGGGCUCUCACUCAGAGUCGCCUCUUCACCACGGACGAGGCCCUACAGGAGGGCCUCAUCGACGAGAUCGCCACCAGCAAAGAGGAGGCUGUGGAAAAGUGUGCCGCCUUCAUAGGCACAUUCGCCAGAGUGAAUCCCGUGGCCCGUGCCCUGACUAAGCAACAGUUCCGUGCGGAUAACUUGCGCCAGUUCCAUAAGGAGCGCGAACAGGAUGUCGAGAACUUCCUAUCCCUAGUCAACCGGCCAGAGGUGCAGAAGGGGAUAGGCCUUUAUCUCCAAGGUCUGAAGAAGAAGAAGGCCAAUAAGAAAUAA